ACACAGAAAUAUUCCGCGCCCGACUGUUACAGUCUGCUCUCUGGUGGCCACGGCUGGCGUCUCUCACUUUCGCUCUCGGUGGCAGCUUGGCGGGAACGUGUGGUGUUGUGUCUGUCUAUCUGUCUAUGUGUGGCACUCGUGGCCGUGGCGUCUGUCUCGACUGCGGCUCUCACUCUCACCUCUUCGAUCACACUGACCACCCUCAUCACAAAUGAAUUCAAAAGGAGAGACAGAAAAGAAGCAAGAUGGCGGUGACGGUGGUGAGGAUAAGUUUUUACCCCUGUUGGAAGAACAGACCGUGGUGACCUACGUAACAGUACCACCUGAUGGGGGCUGGGGUUGGGUUGUGGUCUUUGGCUCCUUCUUCUGCAAUUUCUUUGUGGAUGGCAUGGUCUACUCUGCAGGUGUUUUCCUCGGACCCAUUUCCCAGUCGCUGGAAGUGUCAAAAUCUCAAGUCACUCUUAUUGGCUCUCUGUUGACAGGUUUCUGCUUGAUGGCAGGACCUUUCGCAAGUGCUUUAGCCAACAGGUAUGGGUUCAGAGUGGUGGCCAUCCUCGGCAGUGUGGUGGCUUGUCUCAGCUUCUUGGCCUCUACAUUUGCCAACAGCAUAGAACUCAUGUGGCUUUCCUAUGGAAUUUUUGGAGGAAUAGGAUUUGGGCUGAUCUAUGUGCCGGCUGUGAUCACAACUGGGUUCUACUUUGAGAGAUGGAGAGCUCUUGCUACUGGAAUUGCUGUCUGUGGCUCAGGCAUCGGCACAUUCCUCAUCGCUCCGAUAACUCAGUACCUUAUUGACAACUUUGGCUGGAGAGGCACCAUCCUCAUUCAGGCUGGUAUGAUUUUCAACUGUGCCAUUUUUGGAGCUCUGUUCCGUCCUCUUCUUCCUGUGCAAGUGACUGUGCCUUGUGACGAAGAUGGGAACAACGAAGGGGAGGAAAGCGAAGAGCAGCUGACAGUGACAUCAAACAAGUUGCCGCUAUUGAUGAAGAUCAAACACGCCAGGGAGGAAUUAAAGAGAGCAGACUCAAAACUGAGCUUUGAUAAUGAAGUCAGUAUCACAGCUCAGCCCCCAAAAGACAUUAAGAGAUUUCUAAAAGCAGGUCAUAACAUGAAGUACGCUACAGUUCGUGAAGUACUGAAUGACAGUCGUGAGACUGUUCAGAAUCUCUUCCAAUCCAAUAAUUCACUCCACAAAGCUCGAGAUAUUAGAAAUAAGGGUAGAUUCGAUAUAAUUACAUACAAGGAUAAAAAAGUCAAUGGUCAGAUUUGUUCUAGCAACAAAUCAAACAACAGUAAAGGAUCCAAGUUAUCAAAUGACUCUAUAGCCGAUUUUCCUGACGAUGCUCUCUUAGCAAAACAUCUGUACAAUGACAAUCACUACAGAAGAUCAAGUGUCCAUCGACUGGCUGCUGCAGCUGCCAUCCUGGAAGCUUCGGAUAUUCGUAGGAACAGUAUCAGCUUGAGGUACCAUCCUCGAGCCAGGACUGCCUCUGAGAGCAGUACACGAAGUGGGGUCAGGAGUCGCCGGGCCACAAUUUCAUCAGGUGUGAGACCUUUCUACAGGGACGAUAUAUUCUUGCAAGCUAACCCCAGUCGGCUACCACAAUACACAGAGGGUAAUGGACCAGAGUACACAAUGGCAGUGACGCGCCUGCCCACCUUCAAUGAUGUGCUGGAGGAGGAGACCUCUCAGUGUACUCUAUGUCCUGAGGCCGUUCAGCGUACGCUAGCUACAAUGUUGGAUAUCAGCCUGCUUACUUCACCUACUUUCCUUAUCCUCUGUCUUAGUGGCUUCAUCACAAUGAUGGGCUUCAUGAUUCCCUACAUGUUUUUACAAGACAGAGCACUGAGUGCAGGCAUGGACCCAAAGCUGGCCAAGUGGUUGUUGUCCACUAUUGGUAUCACUAACACGUUUGGACGUAUGGCCUGCGGUAUCAUCACCAGCCUGCCCAAAGUUAAUGCUCUAGUUAUCAACAACAUUGCACUGUCUGUGGCCGGUAUAGCCACUAUCCUCAGUGGAGUCUCCAUGUCCAACAACUACCAGUUCGGCUAUGCUGCUGUCUUCGGAUUGGCAACAUCUGCUUUUGCUUCUCUUCGUUCCAUUCUCAUUGUCGACCUCAUUGGUUUGGAGAAACUGACAAACGGUUUUGGAUUACUGCUACUCUUCCAGGGUGUUGCUGCGUCUAUAGGGUCUCCCAUAGCAGGUUACUUCAUGGAGUUGACUGGUGACCACAACAUAACAUUCUUCAUUUCUGGCAGCCUCAUACUCCUGUCCGGGGCCAUAUGUUACCCCCUCAACUGGAUCAAUAAGUGGGAGAAUGAGAAGAACGCUAAAAAGGAAGCUAAAGACGCAAUACAAGACCAAGUCGUAUGAGAUAACUUAGCUCAUUGAUCCUUGUAAUAAUUCCAAAUAACAAGACUACAAAAAGUAAUCUUUGUUUGUAAAUAUUUAUAAAUAGCUUUUUUAUCUUUUGUACAUAUAUAAUGCUCACAUCACAAUAACACAUGAAUAUUCCGGUGUAGAAUAAGUAAUUUUAGCCUCAUUUAAUUUAUUUUACCUGUUUAUUUGUUUAAACCUAAGUCUAGAUAUAUAUAUGGUAGCUAAUUUGUAUGUUAAAUAAUACAUGUUUGAGAUGAUAGUUUUUUUUUUAAUUAAAAUAGACAGUAUAACUCAAACAGAUUUCAGAGAUAACCUAUUAUUGUUACAGUGCUUUUAAGAUAGUUACAUAUAUCAACUCAAUACAUUAUAGAAUUUCAUAUUUUUUAAUAAUGUGUACUCUUGACAAUUGCACAUUCCAUGCAUGUCAGACAAAAAUACAAAAUCUUUUGUAAUAAGCUUAUAUGGAAUGUUGGCAACAUUCAUAAUGUCAGUCUUGACUUGAGAUAUCAGAACAGCAGUAUGUUUUGUAAAUGUCAUGAUCGAUGUAAAGAGUCAGGUUUUAUUGUUUGUAUAGCCUAACCAUACAUCCCUGUAUUAGAUCUUUGUUUAUUGAGAAAUAAAUGGAAUAGGUACCUACCUAUUGUAGUUUGUCACUGUAUCAUGAUGAUAUUUAAUCCUGAUGGGAUAGAAUAUUAAUGUAUUUUAAUUAAUAGCCAUCAAACAAAGCAGGUUGAAAAUGUAUUUUUUCAAUUUUUCCCUUAAUGCAUAAAAACACAACUAAUGCCAUUGUAUACUCUUUGGGAUCUGUACUGAAAAUUCCUAUACCACUUGUCAAAUGUUGGUAUUUUCGUGAAUGAUGUAGGUAGACGGAAUUAAAGCACUUUUGAAAGAAUGAAGACUCCUGCUUCAAAAAAGUUAAUAUAUCUGAAACAUUACCUGUUGAAAUAGUAAUAUAACCAGUGCUUGAAAUUACAUGAAAUGAAAAAGUAUUUUUUCGAACUUUGUAACUCAAAUACUAAUGUAACUAGAGUUGUACAUUAAAUAAAUAUGAAUUGCCUUUAUUACUUCAAAACCAUACAUAAGUUGAAUUAUGUGUAAGUGAAAAAUAUUACUACCUAUAUAUAUAUAUAUAUAUAUAUAAAUGAUUAAUAGCUAUCAAAAGUAAAAACAUAUUUUCUUAAGUGGUUUUAUGAUGUACAGUUUAGUACAAAUACUGUAUCAAAGUACACAAAUAUCACCAAGGUACUCAUUUUCCUUCGAAAAACAUGUAUAGCAAACAUUAUUUCUCUGAAUAUUCAUAAUCAGGAGAAUGUGCUUAGAAUUCUGUUUUGUGAUAUUUUUAGUGGUGUCAUUGAAGUGUAUUCUAGCUCAGGAAUGACAAACAACAAUCAGAGCAAACAAUAGGAGUGAGGAUUUGGAAAUGGUUAGGGUCAAAUUUAUACUCAUGUCAUAUUUUAAGACUUAAGUUCUCUCUCUUUCUUUAAGACAUUAAAAUUAAUGUUGCUUAUUUCCCUCAACAAUUAAUCCAUAAUGUUAUUUGCUGUAAAGUUUCAUAACUUUGUUUUAAUACAAACAAAUUUUAAUUCAAACCACUUUUAUAAAUAAUUAAACCAGUGCAUUGACUAUCAUUUAUUACUUGUAUAUAUUUAGUAUAACAAUAAUGCUAUGUGUUAAGUUAUAAAGCCCGACGUCCUUUAGAUGUUAUUACAAUCUUAUAUUUUAUAAAGCUACAUAUUCAUUGUUAAGCCCUAUGAGAAAAUUCAUUGUUAAUCCCAAUGAAAUGUGUUCAUUACUCAUAAUAACGUUUUUUAACUAUUUAUUUUAAAAUAUGAUAUCUUAUUAAUAAGGAUAUAUUUUAUGAUACAUGAACAAUUUUAUAUGUAUAUAAACUUUGUUAUGUAUAGUGUAAAUAAAUCUGUAGUAAUGUAAAUUGAGAGAUUGUUUGAAAAUAAAGUUACUUUGAAUAAUUCAA